UUUCUGGGAGUGCUGAAUCGAAUAUCUCGUGCUUGGAGCAGUAGAAACCGGCGACUGUAAUUCUUUUGAAGUGGAAAUCAAACAUUAGACAUUGAAUUGGGAAACUUGGACUUCCUCCGCGGGCUCACGCUAACAUCGUGCUUUGGGCGGACUCACAGCGACCAAAACCUGCGCAGCUUCAGAAAGAUUCAAGAGCCACGAUGGAGCAGAGAGACACUGCCCCUGAUUCCUGGGAACAAGAGGACGAUGUGGAGGCCACUGUCGACGGACAACUUGAGUCCGCAUUUACGGCUCUGAACGUGAACGCUAAACCGUUUGUGCCCAAUGUAAACGCGGCGGAAUUUGUCCCAUGCUUCUCGGUGAAAGCGCCCUCGGAAAAUGUCAGUUGUGUUGCUGAUGAAAAAAUACUGACCAUGGAGGUGUCGGAAAGCACUGUUCCUGUGGAGAACGGUGACGCAGAGAUGACAUCAGAGGAGCCGUGGGACCAGAAAAAAGCAGAGCCGAACGAGGAGGAGCCGGGAGGCAUGGAUCGGGGUCCGGAGUCGGCGUCAACGGAGGAGAUUGUUCCAGAGAUGAUGGAGGAGGAGGAGGAGAUACUAGUGCCAAAGGUUCCACCUGUCCAACCAGAUGCUCCCAAGAAGGAGCACAUCAAUGUUGUGUUCAUCGGACAUGUAGAUGCUGGAAAGUCUACCAUUGGAGGACAAAUAAUGUAUCUAACGGGCAUGGUGGACAAAAGAACCUUGGAGAAGUACGAGAGAGAAGCAAAGGAGAAGAACAGAGAAACCUGGUAUCUGUCUUGGGCUUUGGACACCAAUCAAGAAGAGAGGGACAAAGGCAAGACGGUGGAAGUGGGCCGAGCAUACUUUGAGACGGACAAAAAGCACUUUACAAUCUUAGAUGCUCCGGGCCACAAAAGCUUUGUUCCUAACAUGAUUGGAGGAGCGUCACAAGCAGACCUGGCUGUCCUGGUGAUCUCUGCCAGGAAAGGAGAGUUUGAAACUGGUUUUGAGAAAGGUGGACAAACGAGGGAGCAUGCUAUGCUGGCCAAAACAGCCGGGGUCAAGCACCUCAUUGUUCUGGUGAACAAAAUGGAUGAUCCCACCGUCAACUGGAGCCUGGAGCGGUACGAAGAGUGUAAAGAGAAGCUUGUGCCAUUUUUGAAAAAAGUGGGCUUCAACCCGAAGAAAGAUAUUCACUUCAUGCCGUGCUCUGGACUAACAGGGGCCAACCUGAAGGAGCCUACUGAGAUGUGCCCGUGGUACACAGGUCUACCGUUCAUUCCUCACUUGGACAGUUUGCCGAGUUUCAACAGAUCAAGUGACGGCCCUGUCAGGUUGCCCAUCGUAGACAAAUACAAGGACAUGGGGACCGUUGUUCUGGGCAAGCUUGAGUCGGGCUCCAUCAGUAAGGCUCAGCAGCUCGUCAUGAUGCCAAACAGGCACGUGGUGGAAGUGUUGAGUCUUUUAUCAGACGAUGUGGAAACGGACGACGCUGCUCCUGGUGAAAACCUCAAGCUGCGUCUGAAGGGCAUCGAGGAGGAGGAGAUCCUGCCUGGAUUCAUCCUGUGCAACGCUGAGAACCUCUGUCAUUCAGGACGCACCUUCGAUGCCCAGAUUGUCAUCAUUGAACACAAAUCUAUCAUCUGUCCAGGUUACAACGCAGUUCUUCACAUUCAUACAUGCAUUGAAGAAGUGCAGAUCACAGCCUUAAUCUGUCUAGUAGACAAGAAGUCGGGAGAGAAAAGUAAGACACGACCUCGAUUUGUCAAACAGGACCAGGUCUGCAUCGCCCGUUUGCGCACGGCAGGAACCAUUUGCCUCGAGACCUUUAAAGACUUUCCUCAGAUGGGACGGUUUACCUUACGGGAUGAAGGUAAGACCAUCGCCAUCGGAAAGGUUCUGAAGCUGGUUGCUGAGAGGGACUGAAGAGGAUCGAGCUGUCUUGAGAUUUGGCAAGAAGUAACGGGCUGAUAUCCCCCCACCCCAUGGUCGUCAGCGGCACCUCCCUGCCACGCCCCCCUUCUUAGCUUUGAGAAAAGAAACGUGUUUUUAAAGAAAAGACAACUAUGAUGUCCACAUGAGUCAGCCUUCUCAUAUUGAGAGCUCUGUUAUGCCAUUCUGGGUUAUCGUCUCCCCCACAC